AUGCGGAAACACGUUCGGACCCAUACGGGCGAAAAGCCCUACAUCUGCAAGCUGUGUCAGUACAGAGCUCCCAGAAAAGACAUGGUGGAAAAACACGUUUUCCUGAAGCACCCCGGUCGGGAUGAGCACGGCGCAGGCGAAGCAGGGAACUCGCCCCGGUCUCUGUUCCACCCGUUCCACCAGCAGCAACAAGGCUCGAAAACAGCAGCGGGAUUGUAUUUUCUUCAGGACGUCUCCGCGUCCCCCACCGUGUCUGCUGCGUUGAAGUCUCCCCCACCCGAGAACCCCGGGAGUAAGGCAUCUUCGGCGAGCUCUGACGGCACCCCUGCCUGUGGGCAGGAAGUCGUCGAUAUCUCGGAAGACUUCGCCCGCGACUUCUUUUUGUCGCUGCACCAGCAGGAAGGAACGCAGUCUGUCCCAAAGGGAUCGUCGGAACUGAUGUGCCCCUACUGCGGGAAAGUGGCUCGUUGCUCGAGCGAGCUUCAGACCCACCUACGGGUGCAUACGGGAGAGCGCCCCUUUGCCUGUCACUUCUGUCCCUUUAGAACCACGCAGAAGGUGGCGCUCAAGGAACACAUUUAUACUCACACGGGUGAAAAGCCGCACAGCUGCCCCUACUGCAGUUUCAAGUGUGCCAAGAAAUGUAACUUGAAUGCGCACGUGAAAAGGCAUUUCAACCAGGAAUGA